AUGAGUACUAUCACGGAACAUCCUCGUACUAUCGAUUUGUCGCAAAUCGAGACUGAGGUGUCAGACUCCCAGAACAACUCAUGUGCGACCGAGGAGAAGGUCCGCAGAGCAGAUUCGCCGCUGGAGAAUGGGUUGCCUUUUCAACAGAACAUUGCGCUUCUGCAUGCUGCUCGCGAGCGCCUUGUCUAUACUCAGGACUAUCCGGUCCCUCUCCCGAAAACGGAUGAUGAGCUUGUCGUGGAGAUUAGAGCGAUUGGACUGAAUCCUGUGGAUUGGAAAUCAAUCGAUUACAACUUUGCGAUCCCUCAACUACCUUAUAUCGCAGGCCGCGAUUUUGCUGGGGUGGUCGUUCGCGCACCGACUACUCCUAGUCGUUUGCGUGUGGGUGAUCUGGUUCUCAGCCCAUCAACAGACUACCGCGAUAUCAGAAAGUCGGCUUUCCAAGAGUACGCAAUUUCGACACAACACAACGUAGCCAAGCUACCGCAAAACGUUCCAACCACGCACGGCGCAUCGAUCGGUGUCGCAUACGUGGCUGCAGCACUUGCCUUGGGUGUCAGUCUCGGAUUGAACCUACCGAAGGUCUCUGGUCAAGACCAAGCAGACCUGUGGGAAGCGGUCCGAAAACUGCCACAAGACGCGAUCCCCAUCGAUGUAGCUGCGGAAUGUCUGUCCAGCAUCGAAAACUCCGAGCGACCUCAGCAGGGCGACUGGAUAGCGAUAUACGGUGGAUCAUCCACAAGCGCACUCUUCAUCUCAGAAAUCGCACGAUUGGCAGGACUCAAAGUCAUUCUCCUCGCGGACUUUGCCAAACACGGCGAAAGACUUGGUGAGAGGGAAGGCAGCAUUCUCGUCGACAGCCAUGAUCCCAUCAGAGCGAUCAACGUUGUACGAGCCAUUACGAAAGGAAAACUCAGAUUUGCAGUGGACACGGUGGGAAAAGAGACGGCUGGACACUUGGUGCAGAUGCUGCAAGCAGACGCGCAAGAAGAGAGGAGAGCCCAUCUUGUGGGUCUGACGGGAGUGCCGAAAGAGAAGGUCGAUGGCAUCGUGUUCCACUCGGUGCCCAUCAAGCUGUUCCACGAAGUACCGUCCAUCGGUCUUACCUUGAUGACUUGGUUGGAAAAGGCUUUGGAGACCCAAGCGAUCGCGUUACCCGAAGUGGAGCACGCUGGAGGAGGUUUGGAGGGCAUCAACGCUGCGCUGGACAGAAUGCGCAAUGGUGAAAUUUCCGGUCGGCGAUUGGUAAUCUCUGUCUGA